AUGGAGGUCGCCCCAAAGAAGAAGAAGGCCUUGCCUUUCAAGCGUACAGCUCCCAAGCCAGCGCCUCGUGCAGACUCGAGCGACAAGGACGAAGAUGACGAUCUCGACAUGUUCAGGCGGUCGAAGGAUUUCUUUCCGAUCGCAGUGGAAGAACAAGAGGAGCGCUACAAUAAGCACACGUCGCCGAAAGAAGAUCGAAAAGUUUCACUAGAUCUCACAUAUGAAGCAACGGGUCGUUCGCCAGGGGAGGAGUCGUCGAAGAGGCGGAAACUCUCGCCUGCGGUUGUAGUGGACGAGUGGGACGAACUCUAUGAUAACAGUGAGGAUGAAGCACCACAUUCUGGCCUGGGCAAGGGGGAGAAAUCUCCCAUUGCAGCUAGGAUACGAGCAGGAUCACCAGUCUUCAAUAACGGCAGCCUAACACCUCGACCAUCAAGAUUAGAGAGUCAAGACCCCAGCUCUCCUGUCGCCAAUGGUGCCCUUCCUACUCCUAUCAAAUCGGACGCCAAGCCGUCUACCACACCAGACGGGGUCAUAUCACUUGAUGACGAUUCAGACGACGGUAUACCCGUGACCCGCUCAAGGUCCGCACAAAAACCUCGCCCUCUGCGGCCAGCUUCUUCAACUGCUAUAAUCUCGCUCGACGACGACGACGAUGAUCUGGUGGUGGUAGACCGAGAUGAAGAAGAAGAGGAGGAUGAGUUCGCCAUUUUUAUUCAGCGUGCACGAGCCCGCGAGGCCGCCAUGAAAGCAGCAGCCGAGAGGCGCGUCAAAACACCGGAUUCAGUGGGCGCUGACAACUCUGCCGACUCCACGGUUGCUGAACGUGAUGUGCACGACCCUGUCAUACAGAUCUUGAUCACCUCUUGCUUGUCUUGCAAUGAGGAAAUUACACCCCUACUGAUCCACCGAAGAAUGAGUCAAAACAUGCGUCUGGUGAGGGAGUCUUGGCUAAAUAACGCACGAAGCAAAUUCGGCUUGAGACUGUCUCCCGAUGAAGAGGCAAAGAUCAUUUUGACAUGGAAACUCGCUAAAAUCUAUAACAUGACCACAGGUCUGAGUCUUAACCUGCGACCAGAUGAGAGAGGCCGGGUUGGUGCCUACGCUGGUCCUGAUGAAGGCUUCGAUAAUGGAAAAUUGCACUUGGAAGUCUGGCAUGAAGAUGAGCUACGGGACGUUCUUGCUGAGAAGGAGAGAGAGCGCCGUCAGGAAUUGGGCGAGGAGAUCGAUGACGAGGAUAUCGAGGACCAAGGAGAUGACAAAGACACGCAGGAAGCCACACAACAAGAAAAGAUCCGUGUCAUCCUCAAAGGCAAGGAGAUGGACGACCUUAAGCUCACCACAUACGCGGACACUCAGGUACGGAUCCUGAUUGCUGCAGUCAGGGCGAAAAAUCACUACGGCUCGGAUAAGCAUAUCACCAUCAUGUUUGAUGGCGACCCUUUGGAGGAGGAGACUACCAUGGGAGAAGCAGAUAUAGAGGAUCUGGAUGCCCUGGAGGUCUAUGUCAAGUAG